AUGGCUAUCUGGCUGUAUAGACAGGCACGGGGUGCCAUCCGGGGGCACCAAGCAAAGAAAGCAAAGAAAACUGUACCCACCACGGAAGAUUCUCAUCUCGUGCCAGAGACCCCAGCACCCCAAAAACAAUACAAAAGACACGACAGAGGUAAUGGCAUCGACCUCAGCUCCCCGCGAACAAGCCACAGCAGAACAGACCGCUCGAAAGAAACCUCACAAGCCAAAGAGGACGCUCGCCAACGCAACAUCCAGCAGUGGAAACUCCUUAUCGGGCUGAUUUUGCCCAACUUCCUGGCUGCAGUAGACGUGACCAUCGUCGCGCCAGCCAUUCCCCUCAUCUCAUCAGACUUCAACCGCCUCUCAGGCAGCUUCAACUGGAUCGUUGCCGCCUACACGUUAACAUUCACAACCUUUGUUCCUGUCUCGGGUCAGUUUGCGGAGGCAUUCGGUCGCCAUUCCGCACUGCACUUCCAGAUGUUCUGGAUCCUGAUUGGUAGUGCGUUGUGCGCGGGUGCGCAGUCUUGGGGCAUGCUACUUGUGGGUAGAGCGCUGCAGGGCCUGGGUGCUGCGGGGAUUAUGAACUUGUCGAGGAUUAUUCUGAGUGAUAAUGGGGCGACGCUGGCGCAGAUCUCGAUAAAUAACUCGACGCUUUCGCUGAUCAGUGGGAUUAGUUACGGCGUGGGUCCGGUUGUUGGCGGCUACCUUGCAGAUGCAAGCUGGCGGUACUGCUUCGUUCUCCCUGUCGGUCUUGCGGCUCUAUCUCACGUCCUCAUCGUCGUCCUCAUGCGCAAAGAGCUGGUCAGGAAUAGCGCAGCCCGCACAGUAGGCAACGUCCACUCACGCCGGACGAACUACAUCGCAGGUCUCUUGAGUAUUGACUGGCUAGGCGUAAUCCUCUUCAUCGUUGGCAUCGGCCUGAUCAUCCUCGCAGUGCAGUGGGGCGGCACACAAUACGCAUGGAACUCUGCAGCAAUCAUUGCCCCAAUUGUCGUCGGCAGUAUCCUAAUCAUCGCCUUCUUUGCCCACGAGUACCUUCUCGGCCCCGAACGCUUCACGGCUCGCCUGCUACCGCGCCAGGUCCCAAUGAUUCCCUCAACCCUCUUCCGCAAAAAAGACACCACCUUACUCAUGAUCAUCAAUUUCUCAGCAGGCAUCUCACUCGUCAGCGCUUUCUACUUCAUCUCGUAUUACUGGCAGCUCGCCGAGGGCUACUCGCCAUCCAAAGCCGGUGUGCAGCUGCUCUACUACACUCCCGGCCUCGGCGUUGGCGUGUACGCCGCGAUGUACCUGUGCAAUAUCCGGCCUGCACAGACUUUCUUCCCGCUCUUCAUUGGAUCGAUUGUCGAGGGCAUUGGUCUUGCGGUACUGACGUACGCCGUGUCAAUUAGGCAUGGCACGCUGGUCAGUGUCUUCCUUGCUAUUUCUGGCGCGGGGACGGGGCUCAGAUUCAUGCCUGUUGUGCUGCACGCGGCGGGUGUAUGGUCCACGCGCAUCCCGGCCAUGCAAUCGGUGCUGUCUUUCAUGUUGCCUCUUGGCGAGACAAUUGGGAUUUCGAUAAUGGGCGCCGUCUUCACGAACAAGCUGAGUCACAGCAUGUCUGAAAUACCUGGAUCCAGCGGACCUGGUAAUCUUGCUACGCUCGAUGGCUUGUCGGGACCGGUCAAGGACGCUGUGCAGAACGCUGCGGCUAGGUCGGUCAUGUGGGCUCUGAUCGCUGUUUUACCUUUCGUUGGUCUGUCGAUUGUUGCUUCGGCUUUCCUUGGUAAUGUCUGGAUUGGCAAGGUUGUGAAAGAGGAGAGAGAGGGACAGAAUACGGAACAGGCUACCAAGGGGUAUGUCAUGUAUGGCGUAUAUCUUCUCGCUCUCUUCCAGGGCGCUUUUGAAGCGAGUAAAAAAGAGUUGGAUGUUAACGCAGCGUGUGAAGAGGUCAGGCAGAAGGUACAAGAUGUGGAACGCAAAGGGGUGACGGCACCGAGGACUGCUCCUGUAAGAUAG